AACAGCUAUCAAAUGUACUGAAACUGAAUAUCUAACUUCGAGCUUUCGUUUUCGAGAACGGAAUGUGCAGCAAUGAUGUUAGGAAUAGCUAUGUAAAUGUAACAUUAUAUCAGGCAGAGGUCUGCGUUUAGGUGAAAAACACAACUAUGUAACCUAUGAUAUGAUAUUGCUGAACUGGAGUAACACUUAACUUAUACAAAACUCUUGAAAGUAUCAUAAAUUUUCGUUUAAAAGUCCUAGUCAGCUCUAGUCAUUAUAAAACAAAAGGGAAAUUAAAAAUACGGACUUUGAACAGUGGAUAUGUUGCUUAUGCGUCCAGAAAUCCUGUAGCACAAUGAAUUUUACAAAUGGCAAAUUUUGGAAGAUAGUAACAUUUUUUGGACUAGUAUCGGGAUUGUGUGUCAUUCUUUUAUAUCUGAAAGCUGAAAAUGGUUUACAUAUACGGACUGCGGUGAAAUCCAUAAUCAUGGGUAACCCAGAACGACAAACUCGUAUAGCAAAGAACGACUCGCUGCUGAAAGUUAAUCUAACUCAGGAACGUGUUAAAGUCCCGAACACAACAUUAAAAGCAGUAAAUUCAGAGUCCAAUCGCUUGCCGAGGAUCCUAUGUUGGGUGAUGACCAGUCCAAGUGACUUAGAGAAGCGUACGCGCCAUGUCCAAAAUACAUGGGCGAGACACUGUGAUAUAGACCUCUAUAUGAGCUCAGUGGAAAACAAAUCAUUCCCUACCAUCGGACUCAAUGUCACAGAGGGACGGAACCAUAUUGCUAUGAAAUCUAAAGCCAGUUGGACGUACGUUUAUGAGAGAUAUAUUAAUAAGGCUGAAUAUUUUGUUAAAUUAGACCCUGACAGUUUCCUCGUGGUAGAAAAUCUUAAAUUUUAUCUCUCUAAGUUUAGCCCUGAUGAGCCGAGGUUUUUCGGCCACUUGUUCUAUCGGGGAGGUAAUAAGUCGUUUGAAUAUAUGUCCGGUGGACCUGGCGUGGUUCUCAGUCGGGAAUCCGUGAAACUGUUGGUUACCGUGGGUUUCAAGAAGUACCCUAACUGUAUGCCAGACGGUCAAGGAGAGGACUGGAAAUCAGCCUUGUGUCUUCGCCUUGCUGGGGGAAUACCAAUGAAUACUACGGACGACAAAGGAAGGGAUCAAUUUCUCGUUUUUAGUCCUCACACUCACUUGUUUGGUCGCUACCCUGCCUGGUACUUGCAAUAUGAUCUCAAUAAAGGGCGGAUUAAGGGUGUUGAUUGCUGCAGUGAAUACCCAAUCGCCUACCAUUACGUGAGUCCACAAGAUAUGUACCUAUUCCACUACUUUAUAUAUAACGUCAAAAUACAUUCACAUGUUGUAAGAGAAGGCGCUCCAGAUGUGAAGAACUAUCUUCUCCAAAAGUCAUGAUGACCGUUUGUCUCAACAGAGCAGUUUUCCACUAAAAACGAAAUAGAACUGAUGUUGCUCAAAUCAUACCGUAUAUAUAACUUCUGCAAGUUCGUUGGCAACAAAACGAUAUACUUCUCACAACAGGGCCGGAUCAUUUGAUCUUAGAGGAAUAUUUUUUACAUACUAUGGAUUAUUUUUCCGAAAAAAACAAAGGCCCAUAUAAAUAUGAAUGUGCAGCUUGUAAUGUUAAUGUUUUAAUAAACGUAUGGUUAAAUGUAUUAUAACGUAUAUCUGAAGGUAAGGGACAAGAGAGGUCAUUUGACACAGUUUCUUCGUCUAAUUGAUCAUUUGGAUGGUGGGGUUCAUCUUAACCAGUUGUGCUUCUCUGUGCCCUGUUUUAUAAAUGUGAAUCAUUUGCUUUCUUUAUC